AUGCCUCAGAAACCAAUCAAGCAGGGAUAUAAGGUCUUUGGACUAGGAGAACAGGGCUAUCUUUGGACUUUCUCCAUGUCUAAUGAUAAUCUCCGCAUAAGUACGAUGUUCCGUACUCCAGGAUUAACCAAGACUGGAUCUCUUGUGGUGGAAUUGAUUGAACGGUUGCCAGUAUUUAUACAGAGCUCCGCGGCUCCUGCAGCUCAGAGCUCCGCGGCUCUAAGCUCUCUACAGCACUCUGAGCAGCAUCUAGAGUUGAAUAACAGCAAAGAGGUUGCUGGCUACUCAAUUUCCAUGGACAACUACUUCACCUCUGUUGCUCUAUUCCAUUAUCUUCGAAAGCAAGGAAUUGGAGCUUGUGGAACCACCCGUCCUGCCAAUCUGCCUCCUCUUCUACAAGAACUAAAGAACUCCGGACUAUCCGCUCAUAUUCCCUUCAAUACUCUGUGUAUAAUACCUCAAAAUGAGGUUCUCUGUCUUGGAUGGAAAGACAAUAAUAUAGUAUUACUACUGUCUACAAUUCAUAUGCCAGACAGCUUUGUUUGUAUAAGCCUCCCGAAGGGCAUGGAGACGUGCUACGCUGGAGAGAUUUCUACAUACACAGAGAGAGAAAACAGAAUCCAGGUGGCAACUCUUGAGAAGACUCAGCUCAUUGCAAAGGAUUUUUCUGAGCUGCGCAUCCACUUCUGGCCCGACGAGAGAGCACUGAAGAAGGUUGUGACAGGAAAAGAGCAGAGAAUGACAGAGAGAGCAAAGAAAAGAAGGAAGAAGAAGCAUUUGAGCCGAUAG